AUGGUUCAAAGAGUUGCGGAGGCGGCUCCGCCAAAUGUCCAUGAUAUGGUGUCUGAGCAGCUCCGGCAACUGAAUACCAUGACGAUUCUAGGACUCGCUGAUGCUGCAGGCCUUACUCUGAAAGGCGAGCAAUACCAGUGCUAUAGCAUGGUAACGCAAAAUAUUUCUGCAUCUAGGCAUCAGGGCCGUAUGUUCUUUAUAACGGGGCCUGGUGGGACGGGGAAAUCUUUUCUCCUGCGUGCUCUGCAGUAUUGGUGCGAUAGAUCCCGAAACCCUUCCUUACUGCUUGCGCCUACUGGGAUUGCGGCAAAAAAUAUUAAUGGGAAUACAAUCCACUCGGCUCUGUCAAUCUAUAGUAACCGAGGCAGUUACCACACCGGCUUAUUUAGGUUCGAAGAUCAAAAAAAGAAAGACCUAGAAAAGAAAACCGUGCUUAUUAUUGAUGAAGUAUCGAUGGUAGAUGGCGUACUGCUUGACUACCUCGCCUCCCUUUUCGCCAAACUGAGGAGGAGUAACAGGCCCUUCGGCAACAUGCAUGUCAUCGUUUUUGGGGAUUUGAUGCAAUUGCCCCCUGUGGAAGGCUUGAAGGUCUUCAAGGCCUCGGUUUGGAGGCUCUUCCAUCCCAUCUUUCUACGACAACCGCAGCGGCAGACAAACGAGAGGUUCUUCAGGAUCUUGAACAAGAUUCGCUUCGGAAUUAUCGAUGGCGAAGUAAGAUGCACUCUGGAAGAACGCUGGCGCCAAUAUAAUCCAGAAAAUGUCAUAUGGAAUACCACGUACCUGUCUUCUCUUCGCGAUGAGGCUGCGGCACUAAACCAUGUCGUUCUCUCCGGCAUGCCAUCAGAGAACCUUAUCUUCGUUUCAAAAGCCGAAGACUUUGAAAAUGGAGUAAGGUUGCAAUAUUUAGAGCACUCGAAAGUAUUCAAUAAGGGGACAAACUUCGCAUCCUCUGUGGUAUGUACUGUUGGGGCCAAAGUCAUGUUUCUCACAAAUAGCAUGCUGAGCGAGAGAGGCAUAUCUAACGGCUCUAUGGGUGUUAUUACUAAUUUGUUUCCUAACGACGAAGUUGAAGCUGCAUUACCUACUAAAGAAGGUAUCCAAGUCAUGCACUUGCACAAAACUCCGUCGUAUUUCCAGACGAAUGGGGUGGAAUAUAAACGUUUACAGCUUCCAAUAAUCAACGCAUUUGCGUUGACAAUUCAUAAGGUUCAAGGUUUAUCGCUGCCAGCUGUUACCGUCGCCUUGAACUCUAAUAUCUUCUCUGACGGACAAGCAUAUGUGGCGUUGAGCAGAGCAAAGGAUCUCGAACAAGUGUACUUGACCCACUGUGAUCUUGGGAGCCAUCAAGGCAGACUCAGAAGCAAUACUCGUGCCACGCCCCACUUUAUUGGCACUCGUGGGACUCGCACCAUCUAA